AUGACGACAAUGAUGGCCGUCGGAUUGGAAACCGACGACUGGGACGUCGGGAACGGCACGGACGAUGAGGACGACGAAGACCCGGUAAUUAAUGGUACGGAUGUUGGAGUGACAAUGUGGCUUGACGAGGCUAGGGUCGAGAUUUCAUUUUGA